AUGGAAACCAUCGACGGCGUCGAAAUGCCCUCCUUCCGCGGCGACAACAUCAACGGCUUCGACGCCACCCCCGAAUCCCGCAAACCAGACCCGUCCCGGCUGGUCUCAGCCUACUUCCACUCCGCCGCGACACUCAACUACAUGCGCGCCUCCCUCUCCUCAGGUCUCGCCGACCUGCACUCCCCUCUAGACUGGGGUCUCGGGCACGUCAUCACCCCCUCCAUUCGGGAGAAAUACACCAAAAUCGUCAAUCGCGUCAAAGACGCCCUGCGCUUUAUGCAAACCGUCGGCAUCGACACCGACCGCGGCGUCGAGACCGUCGACAUCUACACCAGCCACGAAGGCCUCCUCCUCGAAUACGAACAAAGCCUCCUCCGACACCUCAAGAACCCCGACCCUCCCACCACCUCCACACAGCCCCCCAAAUCCUACUACGCCACCUCCUCCCACUUCCUCUGGAUCGGCGACCGCACCCGCCAAAUCAACGGCGCACACGUCGAAUUCUUCCGAGGCAUCGCCAACCCCAUCGGCAUCAAAAUCGGCCCUAGCAUGACUCCUACCGAACUCACCUCCCUCCUGGACAUUGUCAACCCAACUCACGAAAUCGGCAAAGUCACCCUCAUCUCGCGCUACGGCGCAGCAAAGAUCUCACAGUACCUGCCCGCCCAUAUCGCCGCCGUACAAGCCUCGGGUCACAUCCCCGUCUGGCAAUGCGAUCCCAUGCACGGUAACACGCAGGCCACGCCGUCCGGGGUGAAGACGCGGCAUUUCAGCGAUAUCUUGUCCGAGCUGAAGCAGGCAUUGGAGAUACAUCGCGCGGCGGGAUCAUUCCUGGGCGGAAUGCAUUUGGAGCUGACGGGCGAGGCAGUGACGGAGUGUGUGGGUGGUGCUGGGGGGUUGACAGAGGAGGGAUUGAGUGAGCGGUACACGACGUUUUGUGAUCCCAGGUUGAGCGAGAAGCAGGCGUUGGAGUUGGCGUUCUUGGUGGCGGGGUUUUAUAGGGAGUUGGAUGAGGAGUUGGCGGAGGAUGAGUCUAUAUAG